UAAAACCAGUCACCACCAAUUUCUACUCUCUCUCUUCGCAGACAGAAGAAAAAUUCUCAAACACUCUCCGAAACUACUAUUCUCUCACAACAACCGACCUCCUCUCGCCUUCUCCCUCACUCGCCGCCACCAUUGUUGACGGUUCCACAGCCAUUGAUACCUUCUGCCGGAAGCUACAAGUGGUUAUCCAUUUCAUCCUCAACAAUGAAGCUUACAUGUUUGAGCAAAGGAAGAGGCUUUCACUUCCCACCAUGUCACAUGUUGAAUUUUUGUGGGUUUAGGAUCUUAUUCGAUUGCCCUCUUGAUCUUUCUUCUCUUAUGGCCUUCUCCCCCAUACCUACUUCUUUGGAUGCCUUGUCAUUUGAAGAAAGCAAGAACAAUGAGAAGAGACAGAAAAUUGAAGAUCUUCUUGAUGCUAAAAACUUAGUUUUUGCAGAACCUUGGUAUAAGACUGUUAAUAAAUUACAUCUGUGGAAUGCAUCUUUAAUUGAUGUCAUAUUAAUCUCAAGUCCAAUGGGUAUUAUGGGAUUGCCCUAUCUUACUCGACAGAAGGGUUUCUCAGCUAAGAUCUAUGUAACUGAAGCAUCAGCAAGAAUAGGCCAGCUAAUGAUGGAGGAUCUUGUAUCAAUGCAUGCGGAAUUUAGGCAGUUUUAUGGACCGGAGGAGUCUAAUUUCCCCCCAUGGCUGAGACAGGAAGAACUUGAAAUACUUCCUUCAGUAUUGAAAGAGAUAUUGGUAGGAAAAGAUGGAGUGGAGUUGGGUGGUUGGAUGCCCUUGUACAGUGCAGCUGAUGUGAAGGAUUCUAUACAAAAGAUCAACACACUUAAUUAUGCACAGGAAGCUUGCUACAAUGGUACAUUGGUUAUAAAAGCAUUCAGCUCUGGCGUAGAAAUAGGCAGUUCUAAUUGGACUCUAAAUGGUCCAAAGGGCGAUAUUGCUUAUCUUUCAAGCUCUUGCUUCUUUUCUGCUCAUGCAAUGGCUUUUGAUUACAGCAGUCUACAGAGGACUAGUACAUUAAUUUAUUCAGAUUUCUCAUCCUUGAUUGAUGCACAAGAUGUCGAGGAUGGGGAUAAUUACACUGAUCCAACUUCUGAUAAGUUAUUACCUCCAAGUUUUGAAGAUUCGGAUGGAUUCAGUCUCGACUCCGAUGUAAAUUUAGAUGAAAAGGAAAAACUGGUUUUCAUAUGCUCAUGUGCUAUUGAGUGCGUCAAAGAUGGUGGCUCAGUUCUUAUUCCUAUUAACCGACUUGGAACAAUUUUGCAGCUUUUGGAGGAAAUGGCAACAUUACUCGAAGCUUCAGCUAUGGAGGUUCCGAUCUAUAUAAUUUCUUCAGUUGCGGAAGAGUUACUAGCAUUGCUUAACAUCAUACCAGAGUGGCUUUCUAAACAGCGGCAAGAAAGAUUAUUUGCUGGGGAACCGUUGUUUGAUCAUGUCAAGCUCCUAAAAGAGAAAAAGAUUCGCGUGGUUCCCAAUAUUCAUUCACAUCAACUUUUAAAGGAUUGGCAAGAACCCUGCAUUGUAUUUUGUCCUCACUGGAGUCUUCGUAUGGGUCCCAUUGUCCAUCUGCUUCGAAGAUGGUGUGGUGAUCCAAAAUCUUUGCUUAUCCUUGAGGAUAUGGUCAAUCCUGAGCUAGCUCUCUUACCUUUCAAGCCAGUUGAAAUGAAGGUUCUUCAAUGUCUGUUUCCCUCUGGAAUAGGGUUGCAAAAACUUCAACCUUUGCUUAAGACACUGCAGCCAAAGACUAUUCUGUUCCCUGAAGAUUUGAGAUUGAAGAUGUGUUUCUCAUGUGAAAAGUCUUUCUCAGUUUCGUAUUAUACUGAAGCUGAAACUUUAAAAGUACCUUGUCAAAAGGAAAGUUCAGAGUUGAAGAUGAGUUUCUCAUGUGAAAAGUCUUUCUCAGUUUCGUAUUGUACCGAACCUGAAACUUUAAAAGUAUUUUGUCAAAAGGAAAGUUCAGAGUUGAAAAUUGAAGCUGAUUUGGCUUCCCAGUUUUAUUGGAAAACCUUUAAAAAGGAAGGAAUUAAUGUUACAAAGUUAAAGGGGAAGCUGUUAAUGGAAAAUGGUAGACACCACUUGCUCUUGGAUAAUGACAAAAAAACUUCCUUAAGAAAUAGUUCUUUGGUACGUUGUGGUUUAACAGAUUACCAUAAGCUUAUACCUGAAUUAUCGAAGAUGGGAAUUAAUGCAUCCAUGGAACUUAUUAAGGAUGAUGUUGAAUCGCAAAAUGUUUGUCUAGUUCAUACAGAGGAACCUUACAAAGCUUUGAUAGAGAUCGGAAAAACCAGUACUGUUAUUACUACUGCUGAAUCUGAUGCCAAUGUUGCUUCCAUUCUUUAUAAAGCUAUAGACAACAUUAUGGAUGGGGUUUGAUAUGGCAGGUUUUAUUUUAUUGAUGUUUGUAAAAUCCUUGUAUCCUUGCAUAUUAUUAAUAGUUAUGAAUUAUUAACUCAAAAUGAUGGUUACUGCUUUGUUUAUAUCAUUGGAAGAGUAGAAGCAUUUCUAUCAUGAUCCCUAGUUAGAAAUGCAAAUUCAAGCUGAAUUGCCAUUAAUCAAACACUAGCAGAAAGACGGGCACAUCCAUUUUUUAUUGCACGUAAUUAUAUAGUGCUUUUUUGCAA